AUGCCCCCGCAGGUGAGGAAUGAUUAUGCAUCGAGAGAAGGCAUCGUGACACUGGUCCCAAUUUCGAUGUCUACGCGAUCUAUGGCCGACUCUGUGAUGCUGAGUGGCCAUGUGACAGUUCAGUGCGCGUGCAUUUCGACCUCCCAUGCUCACAGCCGCCCUCCUGCCGACAUUCUAAAUGGAACGCGGUCUACUAAUGUUAUACCUCUGUCAGGCCGACGUUGGCGAGAUGUACAGUAUGUGCGCUGUCUGGGUAUACAUGUAGACCCAUCUUUGUUUCAUUUGAAAUCUUUUCAUUGGGAAUCAAUGGAUCUUUUUCUGGCGCUAACAUUAGUUUUCCCCAAAGAGGAAUGAAGUCAUAUACAAUUAGUCUGCAGAUUUUUAUACUCACAGUGGUGUUCAGCAGCAGUAGACCUUGAGCUCUGUGAAAGUGACCUCCCUAAGGUGACACUCAUUACCCAUUCCUCUCCGCACCUCCCUCCCUCCGGCCCUCUCUUCUCUUCUCUUCCUCCCUCUCUCUCUAUAUCGGUGUGUGAAAUGCCACAGACUCCCUCAGGGGAGCUUUACACACACAGCCACACCCAUGUACGCACACACACACACACACACACACAUACACUCCCACCCCCCCAACACACACACACUCUAACACCAACUACACAGAUUAACACACAGAACAGAGGUCAUCUGCCACCAAAUUCAAGCGAGAUCCCCAACCCCCCAUUGACUCUUCCUCCCCAACCCCCCUAUACCCCGGGUGGAUGUAAGUCUGGGCUGAGACGUGCUCCAGGCUCCAGGGAGCAGAGCAGCUCUGACCCGACCCUCGCUGCUGACCUCGCCUUCUGCAUUAUUCACCAGCUCCCAGAGAGAACCGGAGAGGAGAGCAACCAUAAUUAAUGCUGAGACACCACCAUGCCUGGGCAGGAUCUUCAGAAGAUCUCUCUCCUCUCGCUGUCCAAGAGAGAAUCAGUUGGAGGGCCGAGAGGGGGGCAAACUUGUUUGCAUUUAAUGGCUGCGGAGAAGGACUGCUUUGAAUACUAGUGGCUCAUUCUAUAGAUUGUGUUAGCAGGGCAGUACCGUGAGUCAAACUUUCUAUACUGUACUUUCUGUAACUCCAUCCAUUGUUGUUGUUUUGUUAUUUGCUGCCUCAAAAACAUAUUGCUGACAUUGUUUCCGACAAGGGGUGAAUUAGCAUGUUACAAAACAGGAACAAGGAAUUGGAUCUGUUACUAACAAAGGAAUGUCCUUGACUAUAUUGUCAACAUGUCAUCAUCAGUUCCAGCAGAUAAAAAGACAGUUUACUUUGUUAUGAUCAUGCCAACGUGGGGUAGCUGAGUUCAGUAGUACUUUCAUGAUAACAGAAACUGCCUUUAUAAUAAUAAUAAAAUAUAAAUAUAAUAUGCCAUUUAGCAGACGCUUUUAUCCAAAGCGACUUACAGUCAUGCGUGCAAAUCUUUUUAUUUUGUGUAUGGGUGGUCCCGGGGAUCGAACAUUUACAUUUACAUUUUUAUCAUUUAGCAGACGCUCUUAUCCAGAGCGACUUACAGUUAGUGAAUACAUGUUUAUUUAUUUUUAUUUUUAUUUUUUAUUUUUUUAUACUGCCCCCCCAUGGGAAUCGAACCCACAACCCUGGCGUUGCAAACGCCAUGCUCUAUGAACUGAGCUACAUCCCUGCCGGCAAUUCCCUCCCCUACCCAGGACGACGCUGGGCCAAUUGUGCGCCGCCCAUGAGUCUCCCGGUCGCGGCCGGCUACGACAGAGCCUGGAUUCGAACCAGGAUCUCUAGUGUCACAGUUAGCACUACCAGCACCGUGCUCUACCAGCUGAGCUACAGAGGACCACCCAUAUACUUCUUCACCAGGAUAUAUGGUCACCCAAUGAAUAAAUUAACAUUUAUAAAUGCUGCCAUACCUCUAUAAAGAUGAAAAAUAUAGGGCACCUUUCUGGAAUGCCAACUGCUCUCAUAUUAAAUGUCAUCCAAUUGUUGUGGAGUCAUUUUCCAGUGAUAAUAUUUGUCUAGAGAGUCACGGUGAGCAGCUAUGACUGGUGCAUAUUUGCAUUUAUAUUACAUACAGGUUGGCUUGGCAGGCUAAAUCAGGCCUUCUGUUUUUUUCAUAGCUCUGUGUUGUAAGCUGGUUUGUCAACUUAUUUACCUGACUCAACCCUGCCGUAUUUGACAGCGUCAGCAGUUGGGUGGCGAUAAAGUUAUUUGGAUUAGAUUUAAACGCCUCUAAAUGAGACACAGGACAUAGAAGAGACUGAAGAGAAUGCCAACAUUAAGUACAUUUUGUGCAAAACAUGCAAAUGUGCUUGUUAUACACAUGUAUGGUCAUACAGUGCCACUUGUGGUCAAAGUGCAGACAGACAAUCAAGGCAAUUAGGUUAUUAUGAAAACUCCCCCAUGUUGGCAUCAUGCCUACUGCCUACACAGUUGUUUGUGUUGUCUCCUCCUUAUUUCAAGGCCAAACAUGCUUGUUCAACACACACCAUACCAGGGACUAUCAUACUUUUGAAUGUGACUCAUUCUCCAUUCUAUUGGAGUUUAUACUACACUAAGGAAAGUUUAAGCUUUUGUUUUGGGGUUUUUAUGACACUAAGUCAACUCUUGCUCACACAGGAAUGAUGAAGGUGGGUGGUUAAAUUACAGUUUGACAGAAAUUUAAAAUUAUGUAUGGUUAUUUUAUAAUAGUGUUUGUUUUAACAGGGUCCCUGUUCCCAAGCUUAUGUGAAUAAUGACUAAUAGUAUUUCUCCACAGCAGAGACCCAGAUAUGUCAAGUACUGUCAAUGUGAGCCACUGACCAAAAGUUCAUUUUCUCGUAGCAGAAUUCUCUCUCAUUUCUCCCUUGGUGAUUCUCUGUAGAGGGGCUUGUCACAUUGUGUAUGCAUGAAGGAUGUUUUCCCCUGGAGUCUGGUGCCUCUGUGGUGCCAGGACAGGGAGGUUUCCUAGGAGGGGCUGAAUGCUGGUAAUGUCACAGCGACCCGGGAGUGUAUCAAGGGUGUCGAGGGACACGAGGUGAAGUCAUCUAAAAGUGUCUGACACACUGGGAUGCCUGACACCUCCCAGUUCUAUGUUGGUGAAAAAUACGAACGAAUAAACGUGUGUGUGUUUGUGUGUGUGUGUGUGUGUGUGUGUGUGUGUGUGUGUGUGUGUGUGUGUGUGAGUGUGUACAUGAGUGUGCCUGUAUGUGUGUGUGUUUUUCCUCUCCGACAGUUUGCAGGUCAUAUAAUUGAGCAAACAAGGUUUUUGAUGUAAAAUAAAUGUUCACAAAAAUCCAGAAAAUCACAUUGUAGGAUUUUUUAUGAAUUUAUUUGCAAAUUAUGGUGGAAAAUAAGUAUUUGGUCAAUAACAAACGUUUCUCAAUAGUUUGUUAUAUACCCUUUGUUGGCAAUGACACAGGUCAAACGUUUUCUGUAAGUCUUCACAAGGUUUUCACACACUGUUGCUGGUAUUUUGGCCCAUUCCUCCAUGCAGAUCUCCUCUAGAGCAGUGAUGUUUUGGGGCUGUCGCUGGGCAACACGGACUUUCAACUCCCUCCAAAGAUUUUCUAUGGGGUUGAGAUCUGGAGACUGGCUAGGCCACUCCAGGACCUUGAAAUGCUUCUUUCGAAGCCACUCCUUCGUUGCCCGGGCGGUGUGUUUGGGAUCAUUGUCAUGCUGAAAGACCCAGCCACGUUUCAUCUUCAAUGCCCUUGCUGAUGGAAGGAGGUUUUCACUCAAAAUCUCACGAUACAUGGCCCCAUUCAUUCUUUCCUUUACACGGAUCAGUCGUCCUGGUCCCUUUGCAGAAAAACAGCCCCAAAGCAUGAUGUUUCCACCCCCAUGCUUCACAGUAGGUAUGGUGUUCUUUGGAUGCAACUCAGCAUUCUUUGUCCUCCAAACACGACGAGUUGAGUUUUUACCAAAAAGUUAUAUUUUGGUUUCAUCUGACCAUAUGACAUUCUCCCAAUCCUCUUCUGGAUCAUCCAAAUGCACUCUAGCAAACUUCAGACGGGCCUGGACAUGUACUGGCUUAAGCAGGGGGACACGUCUGGCACUGCAGGAUUUGAGUGCCUGGCGGCGUAGUGUGUUACUGAUGGUAGGCUUUGUUACUUUGGUCCCAGCUCUCUGCAGGUCAUUCACUAGGUCCCCCCGUGUGGUUCUGGGAUUUUUGCUCACCGUUCUUGUGAUCAUUUUGACCCCACGGGAUGAGAUCUUGCGUGGAGCUCCAGAUCUAGGGAGAUUAUCAAUGUCUUCCAUUUCCUAAUAAUUGCUCCCACAGUUGAUUUCUUCAAACCAAGCUGCUUACCUAUUGCAGAUUCAGUCUUCCCAGCCUGGUGCAGGUCUACAAUUUUGUUUCUGGUGUCCUUUGACAGCUCUUUGGUCUUGGCCAUGGUGGAGUUUGGAGUGUGACUGUUUGAGGUUGUGGACAGGUGUCUUUUAUACUGAUAACAAGUUCAAACAGGUGCCAUUAAUACAGGUAACGAGUGGAGGACAGAGGAGCCUCUUAAAGAAGAAGUUACAGGUCUAUGAGAGCCAGAAAUCUUGCUUGUUUGUAGGUGACCAAAUACUUAUUUUCCACCAUAAUUUGCAAAUAAAUUCAUUAAAAAUCCUACAAUGUGAUUUUCUGGAUUUUUUUCUCUCUCAAUUUGUCUGUCAUAGUUGACGUGUACCUAUGAUGAAAAUUACAGGCCUCUCUCAUCUUUUUAAGUGGGAGAACUUGCACAAUUGGUGGCUGACUAAAUACUUUUUUCCCCCACUGUAUGGUAUGGAUAUGGUAUGGAUAUAUGUGUGGUAUGACAUGGAAAACGAAUCGAUGCAAUCUUAGGUCAAUCUUUUAAUGCUCAAUUCAGAAUUCCCCAGAAUGUAUUCAAAAUGUUAAUCUAAAACACCUGACUGAGUAGCAAAUAACACAAUACCUAUGAGAAGGCAAAAUAUCUGAGCCAAAAAUACAAAAAUAAAAUAUUUAUCCAUGAUUUUGCUACUGAAAUCUGUGAGCCAUAGACCUACUUUAGCAGCUUGGAAAAUAAGAAAACAUUUCCUGUCUGUGUGUUGUGGUUUUCCUUCAUACACAUUUUGGGAUUAACAUAGAUGAAUAGGUGUAUAUUUUUCUUGGAACGUUUCAAGGACCAGGUUUUUGAGCUCUGUUCAAGUGCUUUGAGGCAGCAGGGAUUUAGGAAACGUUUCUCAGCAUCACCUAUUUGAAAUAUAAACAAUGCCUCAGGGCAAGAAACACAGCAGGUGGAUUUUUACUGAGGUGCAGAAGAGGUGCAGAACAGCUCAACACUGACUCACCACCCCAGGUCUUAUUGUGAGCUGGCUAAUUGACAGUUGCAAACAGUUCUCUUCUCCUUUACUCACACACUAUCCAGUGUGAACUAACCUAGGCCUUUGUAGUCUUUUCAAGUAAGACUUUCAUUUUGCUCAACACAUGAUUGACAAGAUCUCCAGAGAAAAUGGUUAAUUGCCUACUGAUAUGAAAGCAAAACAAAUCUUAUUUAUGUUAUCACAGCCCAACACCAAUGUCACACAUUUAUCAGCUUUUUUAUAGAGCACACCACACGUGCUGAACCCUUUGCCAAUGUGUGCCACGGGGGUCCAGUGAUGCUCUAGAAAUAACUUUUUUUUUUACAGGAGCAACAUAAUUUUAUCCAUGUAGGUCCUUUCCCCCUGCAGCAGCUGUCUUAUCUGGAGAUGAAAGAACAGUAUCAGUGUAAACACUGCAGCGCUAUCAAACCCAUCAAACAGACACCUCAAACAAUAAUUAUACGCUUUGCUGAAGUCAACUUUCCACUCCUUGUUUAUGUGGAGGCAGGAACUCACGAAACACUUGUUUUGGAGGCUCAGAAAGCAGGUAAUGCCCACCAAGCGUGUCAUCAGGCUAACCGGUUCAGUGAGUGAAACAAACCCUUGGGUGUUGACGCACCUGUGGUCAACACUGUCUGUCGUGACACACACUAACACACACAACAUGUUUUCAUAUACUUGGAAACAAACUUAUCUCAAAGCUCCAAGCAGUAGGUAUACUGUACCUACAGUAAGUUUUCCCUCUCUUAGGUUUUGAAGUUUUGAGAGAGGAAUGCUUCUCUGGCGGGUCUAAAAAUAAGCUUGCAUUACCAACAGUCAUUCACAGUCAACUAUAAAGAUGCUAUGUGCUAUGUUGGCUUCAGAGUUCCAUAGGUCCCUCAGAACCUCUAUUCUAUUUCCAGAGUGGAUGGCAGGAAGGAGGGAAGGAAGGGGGGUAACUACAUUUAAAACACUUCAGAGCUCAUUAACAGAAAGCAUAAUUCCAGGAAACACAUAAGACACAUAUUGCCGUAUUUAAAACCAAUAUGGUGGUAAGUGACUUUGAGUCUCAACCAUGCAAGGUUAUUUAUAUCAGCUUAAGGUCAGAUGAGUUGAAUCCUCUCUCUCCAGGAGUAAGAAGUGGUUUCCUCUCUCUGGAGCUGCUGAUUUGUCAGGAUCUAGCACGUCCUGUGAGGUCAUAGGGACCAAAUAUUAAAGGAAGGAAGAAAGAAAGUGGAGCUUCAUCACUUCCUGUCAUUACCCAGGUCAUACGUGCGAUGAGAAACAGUCUGUCCGUUGUCGCUCUCUAGAAGGGAUGUCCACCCUGUCCGUGACCACCUCUACUCUCUGAUUAAACUGCAAUCUAACAAUUCCUCUGGCAUGAAGCCAGAAAACAUACCUUAAUUUAAACAGAGUUUCAAUAAUAACCCUCAGCAGUACCAAAAUAGCCUGGAAGGAAAUGACAACCAAUUUUGUCCACCCAUAAGCCACAUACAGUAUAAAGGUAUUUACAUAAGAAUGCAUGGGAACUAAUGGAGAGUGUUACAGGUUGCUGUGGUGUGAUGACCUGUCAUACAGACAUACCCUCGCUCUCUCCCUAACCUCAGAACCCUGUGUUUGGAACCGCUCAGCGUGGUAGUGAAGCUUUACAAUAACAGAGUGAGCAGAGUGAGCGUGCUCCACAGCGACUGCUGUGACUUUGACCCAGGAGGUCAUUAUUUCCAACACAUCUGAAUCUGACAUCACAUCUGACUGAGGAUACCCGGGCUGGGCUGCUGAGAGAAACUCUGCUCUGAAGGCGUGGAGUAAAAAUAGAAUAGUGCUUUAUGAACCAUUCUUUAAUGUGAGAUUUGGGGGACAAUGUGUUUUAUUUGGAAUUGGUUGAUGUGGAACUUUAUGAAGUCACAGGCCUUAAUGGAUGUGGCACUUCUCAAAUCCAAAUCAAAUCAAAUUUUAUUUGCCACAUGCGCCGAAUACAACAGGUGUAGACCUUACAGUGAAAUGCUUACUUACAAGCCCUUAACCAACAAUGCAGUUUUUAAGAAAAGAAAAAAAAAGUGUUAAGUAAAAAAUUGAUAAGUAAAAAAUGAAAAAUAGCAAAUAAUUAAAGAGCAGCAGUAAAAUAAAAGAAUAGUAUGGAGGCUAUAUACAGGGGGUACAGGUACAGAGUCAAUGUGCGGGGGCACCGGUUAGUCGAGGUAAUUGAGGUAAUGGGUAAUGGGUAGAGUUAAAGUGACUAUGCAUGAAUAAUAAACAGAGUACCAGCAGCGUAAAAGAGCGGGUUGGGGUGGGUUGGGGUGGGGGUAGCCAUGAUUAGCUGUUCAGGAGUCUCAUGGCUUGGGGGUAGAAGCUGUUAAGAAGCCUUUUGGACCUAGACUUGGUGCUCCGGUACCGCUUGCCGUGUGGUAGCAGAGAGAACAGGCUAUGUCUAGGGUGGCUGGAGUCUUUGAACAUUUUUAGGGCCUUCCUCUGACACCGCCUGGUAUAGAGGUCCUGGAUGGCAGGAAGCUUGGCCCCAGUGAUGUACUGGGCCGUACACACUACCCUCUGUAGUGCCUUGCAGUCGGAGGCCGAGCAGUUGCCAUACCAGGCGGUGAUGCAACCAGUCAGGAUGCUCUCGAUGGUGCAGCUGUUUGAGGAUCUGAGGACCCAUGCCAAAUCUUUUCAGUCUCCUGAGGGGGAAUAGGCUUUGUCGUGCCCUCUUCACGACUGUCUUGUUGUGUUUGGACCAUGAUAGUUCGUUGGUGAUGUGGACACCAAGGAACUUGAAGGUCUCAAACUGUUCCACUACAGCCCCGUCGAUGAGAAUGGGGGCGUGCUCAGUCCUCUUUUUUUCCCUGUCUACAAUAAUCUGUCUUGAUCACAUUGAGGGAGAGGUUGUUAUCCUGGCACCACACGGCCAGGUCUCUGACCUCCUCCCUAUAGGCUGUCUCAUCUUUGUCGGUGAUCAGGCCUACCACUGUUGUGUGUUGUGUCGUCGGCAAACUUAAUGAUGGUGUUGGAGUCGUGCCUGGCCAUGCAGCCAUGGGUGAACAGCGAGUACAGGAGGGGACUGAGCACACACCCCUGAGGGGCCCCCGUGUUGAGGAUCAGCGUGGCAGAUGUGUUGUUAUCUACCCUUACCACCUGGGGGUGGCCCGUCAGGAAGUCCAGGAUCCAGUUGCAGAGGGAGGUGUUUAGUCCCAGGGUCCUUAGCUCAGUGAUGAGCUUUGAGGGCACUAUGGUGUUGAACGCUGAGCUGUAGUCAAUGAAUAGCAUUCUCAUGUAGGUGUUCCUCUUGUCCAGAUGGGAAAGGGCAGUGUGGAGUGCAAUAGAGAUGGCAUCAUCUGUGGAUCUGUUGGGGCGGUAUGCAAAUUGGAGUGGGUCUAGGGUUUCUGGGAUAAUGGUGUUGAUGUGAGCCAUGACCAGCCUUUCAAAGCACUUCAUGGCUACAGACGUGAGUGCUACGAGUCGGUAGUCAUUUAGGCAGGUUAUCUUAGUGUUCUUGGGCACAAGGACUAUGGUGGUCUGCUUGAAACAUGUUGGUAUUACAGACUCAGUCAGGGACAUGUUGAAAAUCUCAGUGAAGACACUUGCCAGUUGUCAGCGCAUGCUCGGAGUACACGUCCUGGUAAUCCGUCUGGCCCUGCGGCCUUGUGAAUGUUGACCUACUUAAAAGUCGGCUACGGAGAGCGUGAUCACAUAGUCAUCCGGAACAGCUGAUGCUCUCGUGCAUGCUUCAGUGUUGCUUGCCUCGAAGCGAGCAUAGAAAUGAUUUAGCUCGCCUGGUAGGCUUGUGUCACUGGGCAGCUCGCGGCUGUGCUUCCCUUUGUAGUCUGUAAUAGUUUUCAAGCCCUGCCACAUCCGACGAGCAUCAGAGCCGGUGUAGUACGAUUCAAUCUUAGACCUAUAUUGACUCUUUGCCUGUUUGAUGGUUAGUCGGAGGGCAUUUCUUAUAAGAGUCCGGGUUAGAGUCCCACUCCUUGAACGCGGCAGCUCUACCCUUUAGCUCAGUGCGGAUGUUGCCUGUAAUCCAUAGCUUCUGGUUGGGGUAUGUACGUACGGUCACUGUGGAGACGACGUCAUCGAUGCACUUAUUGAUGAAGCCAGUGACUGAUGUGGUGUACUCCUCAAUGCUAACAGUCCUGUAGCUUAGCAUCUGCGUCAUCUGACCACUUCCUUAUUAACCGAGUCACUGGUGCUUCCUGCUUUAGUUUUUGCUUAUAAGCAGGAAUCAGAAGGAUAGAGUUAUGGUCUUUUUUUUUCCACAAGUUGCAUUGUCAACUGGGAUGGAAAACUUUCACCUGACUGGCUCCUUGAGUGUAAUUCAUCAUGAAAUUCCCUGCCUGAAACGGACCUGUUGGCAUCAUAGAGUAUUACUAUUCUUUGAAGAGCAUCUUCCACCCCAAGCAAGCACAUCUCCAACAUCACUACUACAUCACAAGAUGGCUGCCAAAAAUAUGUCAGAGUGCUGCAAAAAGAGCACUGGGAACUCAUCCCCAGGGUAUUGCCAUUGCCAGAGAGUCUUUCUGUUCAACAGCCAGCUAGCAUGCUCCAUUUGUGGUUGCAUUGUCUCUGUCCCUGGAUUUUGUUGUUUGGGCUGUUGUCACAGAUGAGAGCCCCUGUAGCUAUGGUACAUAUAAGUCCCAUUGACCUGCAGUCUUGAGGCCAUUGAUUGACUUGAUGAACACUGUCUUGGUAAUGGGACUUAGAGCCUUUGGGCAGGCUUCAAUGUUCUGUUCUGAGUGUUCUACCGGUCACGUCAAACUUUAAGUGGAUAUAAGAGCAUUUAUCGGUAAAACGGUACAUUACCUUAAGCACCUAAUGUGUGCUUAUGAUGUAAGGCCUUUGUCUCAGGUCUUCUAAUAUUAUUAGAAGAUCUGAGACAAAGGCCUUACAACAGAAGAACAUUUACUUGUGAAAGACUAAAGCCACUCAGAUGGCAUGUAAUAUGUGUUUUAUUCCCAUACUGUAACAAUCUGGUUGCCACUCCUGUAUUCCAUUUCCAUACAGUCUUUGCCAGACGUGAUUGAUGUCGUUGGUUAAGGGGUAUGGUGGACUGACUAUCUGCUUGUUUGGUGGCUCACACACCAUUCAGUGGUUUCUACUGUUGACUUUGUGGGUAGAGCACAUGGGUAAACAUGUCUUCAUUGAAAACACAACCAGAUGCUCCACCACUGAAUGACAUACAACCUCUUCACGGAGGAGUUCACUUCUUGACUCAUGCAAGGAGUAGAUCUUAAUGGAAGUGUAAAUAGUCUCUGCUGACCUCAGGUUUUUUUGAACGACAGUAAAGAUCAGUUGUGGAAAGGGUAAAUAGGCUUUUCUGAUUACACCCAGUUGGUAUUGUUUCCUUUGAGUUGUUACACCAAUGUCCCUUCUGUCUGCCACCAACCAGUCUUCAUACUCAUACCCCUUCAUUAUAGAUACUGUAUAGUUUCACCCUCGGAUAAAAUACACAUUUAGUAUGUUCUCAAGAAAGAUAGGAUAAUUGUCAGUGACAACCAGAGAGAUCACAAAGAAUAAAUGGCCCAAAAACUAAGGCAAAAUUAUGUAAAAUAUUACAGUGGGUUAGCAGGAAAUAAGUGCACCAGUGGAGGCUCCUCUGAGGAGGAAAUGGAGGACCAUCCUCCUCAGUGAAUUAUAUAAAAAUUAAAAUAGUGAAACAUAAAAAAAGUUAUAUUUUUUAGAUAAAACUAUACUAAAUAUGUUCACGUCACCAAAUAAUUGAUUAAAACAGACUUGGAGUUUUUUUCACUUUCACUUUCACUUACUUAGCUAGUGAAUGCAGCUAGCUAGUUUAGCCUACUCAAACACCCGGCUCAAACAGAGAGGGAUGCUAUGUUAGCUAGCUGGCUAUGGCUAUCCAACACUGGAACUCUUCCAAGUCAAGGUAAGCUUUUUAUUUUAUUAAUUUAUUGCCACCGGGGCCAACCGGUGUAACUGCUUAACUGCUUGCUGACUGUACACUGCACUGCAUGUGUACAGUCAGUUCUAGUAGCUAUGUUGACUAUGACAUUAGCAAAUCUUGUGACAACGAUGUAGGCUGUGUGUAGCAGUUAGCGGUUAUGAUGGUUUGGCUUGGAAAGGAUUUUUCGCCUGGUCACAGAAAGCUGAUGUGUUGUGCACUGAAGUCCACAAGUGAAGGGAAAAGGUGAGAGGAGGAAAGUGCGUAGAUGUGAGAAAGAAUACAACGAGCAAAGUGAUCAUGCUGUUUGUAUGUGGCUGCUAUGAAAGUGAACUGUGUUUGCGUGUGAUCAGGGGUGUAUUUAUUCCACCGAUUCUGUUGAAAAACCUUUUUUAACAUAACGAAAAGGGAAUAAACAUACCUGAAUUUGUCCAAUAGAAACUGAAUUUGUCCAAUACACCCUAGAUCAGCUAGAUGCAGGCAGGAGUGUGCAAGGUGGUAUUGAAUGUGUAACUGUCUGUCACCUUGAUUACAAAACAAAAUCUCUCGACCUGUGCACCUACGUUGUAAACUUUAAUUCAUAGGCUAGGAUGUAGUAACCUCAUGAUGGGUAUAGGGAACAUUUGAGUAUCAUGUAGUAGCCUAAACCUAUCGAUGUAAUAUUGAGCUGGGGGAAUGGAAUAUGAAUGACAGUCAUCCAAUAUGCUUUAAUAGAAAUAAGGCCAUGUUCAUAAACUAAAUAAUCGUCCUCCCUCAUCUUAAACGGCACCGACCGCCACUGAAGUGCACUCACUCACAGACACAUUACGAUAGGUCAUGCUAAGCCACUGGGCAUCCCUGCCCUUUAUUGUUGAGGAGAGAGAAAUAUACACACUCUGGGGGUUGGCUGGUCAUGGUUGUGGUUUUACAUUCCCUGCUUCUUGAGGCAGUGCCAACCCUGUAGGUCAGUGGUGCCAACACUAUUGGCAACAAACAAAGCCCAUUAAAAAGAUAGACAAUGAUAGCAUCAAUUGGCAUUAACAGCUUCCAGACAAGGCUUAAGAGACUGGAAGAUGGACUGCCAGACACUGGGUGCCAACCAGGGAAGGUGUUGGCAUGGUCCCCAACUGGAGGGCCACUAGGGAGAGAGGGGAAACAGGGGACCAGAUGGGUCUAGAGAUAGCAGAGCCUUUAGGUAUGAGCACAGCGCAGCCUGAGGACCCAGCAUAUGGAGAGAGUAAAUGAGAGAGGAGAGCAGAGUGACAGAGCCAAGCUACACACAUAGAUCCUGGAUGAGAUGUGGACACUGCUCGACAGACAACUGAAAAGACUACAUGGGGCUCACUGUGGCUCGGUAGGUAAGUGUUCAUUGGAAAAUCUCACUAGCAAAGGUUCUGGACUCCGGAGACCCACCACAUCGUAGAAGCUUGGUGAAGUGUCUCCAUCACACGUCCUGUUUAUAGAGUGAUGCAUGUGCAAUCAACUUCAAAUUAGCACCGUCCAGUUUAGGCUACAAUAAGUGUAGGUAAUCACAAGAAGAAAAUCACAUUAAAGACCAAUCACACUUGGUCCUCUAGUGUAAAGCGAUUGCUACUUAAAGAGCUCAACAGUACAAUGUUUCACCUCACUAGACAUGCUUAUAUUCAUGUCGUUCUAGAGUAUACCUCAAGUGUCUCAUGCAAUUACAGUCAAGCUGUACUCUCUAAUGUUUAAAAGGGGAAUAUGCUCUCAGUACAGUCAGAACAAUAUACAAAACAUAAUUCCUGCUCUCUGGCUCAGACCAAAUGUCUGAUUCAAUUAUGACUGAAUUAAACAAUAGAAAGAAUAACAUGCCUGAGGUUUUAGUCAGUAUUCACAUUACGAAAGGAAGUGUUUACUUGGCUAUGAUUUGCUCUGUACAGGGAAUUGUGUAACAUGUCACUUGUGCUGUGUUAAAACACAAACUGGAUUUGACUGGAUUUAACAGUUGAGAGGACAGAGACAGUUGAACGUAUUUCCAUGAUAUUUCUGAUUAACAUAACUUUAUUUUUUUUAACGUAUACGCAGGGAGUCAGGAAACAGCUGCAGAAGGUGAGUUUUAUAAUCAUCAUCAUCAUCAUGAUGAUGAUGAUGAUGAUGAUGAUGAUGUUAAACAGGACACACGUACUGAACGUAACCAAAAAAACAAUACUGCCUGAUGGCUGAGGCUUACUGAGGGCUAUAUGAAGGGAGAGUAAUCAGAGGGGUGAUGAAGUCCAGGUGUGCUUAACGAUGGGGAGCAGGUGUGUGCAAUGAUGUUUGCCAGGUGUGCACAAUGUGGGUUGCCAGGACCGGUGGUUAGUAGACCGGCGACGUUGAGCGCCGGAGUGGAGGAGCGGGAGUAGACGUGACAUUUUUUAAGACCAACUACCUGCCAUGCACCUUUAAAGCUCUUAACACUGAGCAACUUGUAUCUUUACAGGCAUCAGUUGUCUUGUAAUCUAUUAUUGAAUUAAAUAUUCUUCAAACAGACAGUUGAGUAAGGUUGAGGAGAGCAGAGGUGUCAUACCCAUAGGGGGCACAAGGGCACGUGCCCCCUCAGAUUUGUCCUGUUUAAAACAACAACAACAACAAAAUGUGUUCGCUUUUGUUGUUUCUCUGUAAUAAUACUAGUCACCUAGCAAUUUCAUGAAGUUGUCUUUUGCUAGCCCAGUUAGGUUCCCAAUCUCCCAACCUCAUAACUAGCUACCAAGAAACCAUUUCAGGCUAUCAAUCAAGUUAGAGUAGCUAGCUUGUCUAGCUAUCUUAAAAGCUCAGACACACGGGAAGGAUUGUCAAACGUUUGCCUGCUGACAGUCUUAACACCUCUGAACAGAAUGUUGGCAGUCAAUCUCUUUUGCGUUCACACAGCAAAGACCUUGGAAGUACUCCAAACCAGAAGGUGGCAGUAGCAUUGUUUGGCAAUGCAUAUCCGUGCGUAUUGCUUAUGGUCUAGAUUCCAAGCUAUCUGUGCUAAUGUUACUAUUUUGUAGAAAGCCCUUGUUGAUACUAGCCAGAUGGCCACAGCUAGAUAACUACCUAGCAAGAUGACGAAGAAACAAUUUAAUUCACUCUCCAUAAUCCCAUACUGCCAGUGCCAGCCUAUAGCCAAAUGUUUAGCUAGCUACCUAACGUUAGCAUAUUUGCUAGCUAGCACAACAUAGCUAGCUAGCUAAGGACACUGCACUAACUCAGCAGCUAAACCAGGCAGCUGUUUUAUGGAAACUAGCUAAUCCAUUGUGAUUUAAAGUCCUUAAGAGUGUAUUCACGCACUCGUGUGUCAAUCUAAUUAACAUAAUAAAACAAUCCCCAUCAAAAUCUGUGAGUUUAAGCUAGAGAUAUGUUUUUUUUGCAUGGGUUGUGUCUCAAUCCACCGCAUCUGCCUAUGUCAGCCUUCCGCAUCUGUGGUGGAAAGUGGCAGAGCUACAGUGCAGUUUGUCAGACCAGGAGACAUCCCGAAAAUCGGUCUUCUCAUCAAAACGUCUGUAGUGUCCAAAUGGUUUGGCUUAGUAACUAAUAUGACCACUCUAUGGAAAGAUGAGACUCUCACGAAGCCCCAUGGGACUCAUCUGAAGUCAGUACCUCCGAUGUGCCAACUUCUGUCUGUAGCUUCCGAACCGUUUGGGCUACAAACUAAUAUGGGCUAUAGUAGUAAAGGCCAAAUGCAAUAUGUUAUCAAAUAUAUGUAUAUAUAUUUUUUAUUACAUUUACAGGGGUCCUAAAAUUCCAAAUCAAAUAGCUAAAUGAUCCAUGGUAUGAACAUCUUAAAACAAUUCCAUAUGUUAGCUUAGUAGAACCCCCUCCCCAAAGGCUUAGACUUUUAGAGGUAUUUAAUUAUAAUGUCAAUGUCAGCUACAGUGGUUAGCUAGCUUGGAGGAAGUAUUUAGUGUUGUAUGCAUUGUGUCUGUGCACUUAACUAGCUACCAUGCCAUAGCUUACAUUCCAUAUGAAGUGUGACUGGCUCACCUGUGGAUGUACGGAGAAAAUGCCCUAUUUUUUUCCUUUUUAUUUGUUGGCUUCCCCCAUGUGGGGGUUCGUGCUCUCUGAUUGGUUGAAUGUCACGUUGUUGGCCACUGACGAGCAUUGUGAUUCUACAAGUAGAAUCGGUAGGUUCAUCACUACCAAGUGGACACGCUUUUGUUCUAGCAAGAGAAGGAAUGGCCUCCCACUGUGAUAAGUACCUAUCAGCAGUCUAUCGGCAGUGAGAUUCUUGGUGUUUUUCAUGCUUUAGCUGGCGUGCCUGCUGGCAAGGUUGGUAGACUUUAGAAAAGCAAGCAAUAACUAAAUGUACUGAAUAAGACUCACAUUCCUUUCAAUCUUUUACCCAGAUUUUAGAAGAGAUGCAAAGAAGCCUAUUUAGUUUCUUUAAAAAAAGAAUCACCAGUCAGAAGGAUACAGACAGCUCAAGAAGCAUGGUUAGAUAUGCGGAAAAAUAAACAUACAUUAAUUUUUGUCAUAGAAUUAAGCAUAAUGAAUAUGGCUCUAGAUUGCAGGAAAAAGCUGUUUCGGGUGUUAGAAAAAUAGACCCCUCCGGACCACCCCCCAGCCAUCCUCACGUACUUGCUGCCCCCUCAGAUUGUGCGGUUGCAUGACGCCCCUGGGGGAGAUAAUCAGAAAAAGUUCAUAAACAAGCAUUUGGGCUUCUCUCCAGAAUUGUGGGAUGUAUCAAAUCAAAUACAUUUUUAUUUGUCACAUGCGCCGAAUACAACAGGUGUAGACCUUACAGUGAAAUGCUUACUUACAAGCCCUUGACCAACAAUGCAUUUUUAAGAAAAAUAAGUGUUAAGUAAAAAAUAAGAAAAAUAAAUACAAAAUAAAAAAUAAUUAAAGAGCAGCAGUAAAAUAACAGUAGUGAGGCUAUAUACAGGGGGUACCGGUACAGAGUCAAUGUGCGGGGGCACAGGUUAGUCGAGGUAAUUGAGGUAAUAUGUACAUGUAGGUAGAGUUAAAGUGACUAUAAAUAGAUAAUAAAAAGAGAGUGGCAGCAGCAUAAAAAAGGGGGUAGCCAUUUGAUUAGCUGUUCAGGGUCUUAUGGCUUGCAGGAAGAAGCUGUUAAGAAGCCUUUUGGACCUAGACUUGGUGCUCCGGUACCGCUUGCCGUGCGGUAGCAGAGAGAACAGUCUAUGACUAGGGUAGCUGGAGUCUUUGACAAUCUUUAGUACCUUCCUCUGACACCGCCUGGUUUAGAGGUCCUGGAUGGCAGGAAGCUUGGUCCCAGUGAUGUACUGGGCCGUACGCACUACCCUCUGUAGUGCCUUGCGGUUUGAGGCCGCGCAGUUGCCAUACCAGGCGGUGAUGCAACCAGUCAAGAUGCUCUGGAUGGUGCAGCUGUAGAACUCUAUGAGGAUCUGAGGACCCAUGCCAAAUCUUUUCAGGCACCACACGGCCAGGUCUCUGACCUCCUCCCUAUAGGCUGUCUCAUCGUUGUCGGUGACCAGGCCUACCACUGUUAUGUCGUCUUCAAACUUAAUGAUGGUGUUGGAGUCGUGCCUGGCCAUGCAGUCAUGGGUGAACAGGGAGUACAGGAGGGGACUGAGCACACACCCCUGAGGGGCCCCCGUGUUGAGGAUCAGCGUGGCAGAUAUGUUGUUACCUACCCUUACCACCUGGGGGUGGCCCAUCAGGAAGUCCAGGAUCCAGUUGCAGAGGGAGGUGUUUAGUCUCAGGGUCCUUAGCUUAGUGAUGAGCUUUGAGGGCACUAUGGUGUUGAACGCUGAGCUGUAGUCAAUGAAUAGCAUUCUCACGUCGGUGUUCCUUUUGUCCAGGUGGGAAAGGGCAGUGUGGAGUGCAAUAGAGAUUGCAUCAUCUGUGGAUCUGUUGGGACGAUAUGCAAAUUGGAGUGGGUCUAGGGUUUCUGGGAUAAUGGUGUUGAUGUGCGCCAUGACCAGCCUUUCACAGCACUUCAUGGCUACAGACGUGAGUGCUACGGGUCUGUAGUCAUUUAGGCAGGUUACAUUAGUGUUCUUGGGCAAGGGACUAUGGUGGUCUGCUUGAAACAUGUUGGUAUUAAAGACUCAGUCAGGGAGAGGUUGAAAAUAUCAGUGAAGACACUUGCAAGUUGGUCAGCGCAUGCUCGGAGUACGCAUGCUCGGAGUACACGUCCUGGUAAUCCGUCUGGCCCUGCAGCCUUGUGAAUGUUGACCUGUUUAAAGGUUUUACUCAAAUCGGCUACGGAGAGCGUGAUCACGCAGUCGUCCGGAACAGCUGAUGCUCUCUUGCAUGCUUCAGUGUUGCUUGCCUCAAAGUGAGCAUAGAAGUAAUUUAGCUCGUCUGGUAGGCUUGUGUCACUGGGCAGCUCGAGGCUGUGCUUCCCUUUGUAGUCUGUAAUAGUUUGCAAGCCCUGCCACAUCCGACGAACGUCGGAGCCGGUGUUGUGCGAUUCAAUCUUAGUCCUGUAUUGACACUUUCCCUGAUGGUUCGUCGGAGGGCAUAGAGGGAUUUCUUAUAAGUGUCCGGGUUAGAGUCCCGCUCCUUGAAAGCACCAACUCUACCCUUUAGCGCAGUGCGGAUGUUGCCUGUAAUCCAUGGCUUCUGGUUGGGGUAUGUACGUAUGGUCACUGUGGGGACGAAGUCAUCGAUGAAGCCAGUGACUGAUGUAGUGUACUCCUCAAUGCCAUCGGAAGAAUCCCGGAACAUAUUCCAGUCUGUGCUAGCAAAACAGUCCUGUAGCUUAGCAUCUGCGUCAUCUGACCACUUUUUUAUUGACUGAGUCACUGGUGCUUCCUGCUUUAGUUUAGACUUGUAAGCAGGAAUCAGGAGGAUUGAAUUAUGCUCAGAUUUGCCAAAUGGAGGGCGAGGCAGAGCUUUGUUCGCGUCUCUGUGUGUGGAGUAAAGGUGGUCUAGAGUUUAUUUUCCUCUGGUUGCACAUUUAACAUGCUGGUAGAAAUGAGGUCAAACAGAUUUAAGUUUCCCUGCAUUAAAGUCCCCGGCCACUAGGAGCGCUGCCUCUGGAUGAGCGUUUUUCUGUUUGCUUAUGGCCUUAUACAUCUCAUUGAGUGAAGUCUUAGUGCCAGCAUCGGUUUGUGGUGAUAAAUAGACAGCUACGAAAAAUAUAGAUGAAAACUCUCUUGGUAAAUUGUGUGGUCUACAGCUUGUCAUGAGAUACUCUACCUCAGGCGAGCAAAACCUAGAGACUUCCUUAAUAUUACAUUUCGUGCACCAGCUGUUGUUUACAAAUAUACACAGACCGCCACCCCUUGUCUUACCGGAGGCGGCUGUUCUAUCUUGCCAAUGCAGCGUAAACCCUGCCAGCUGUAUGUUAUCCAUGUUGUCUUUCAGCCACGACUAGGUGAAACAUAAUAUUUUACAGUUUUUAAUGUACUGUUGGUAGGAUAUUCGUGAUCGUAGCUCGUCUAUUUUGUCAUCCAAUGAUUGUACGUUGGCUAAUAGGACUGAUGGUAGAGGCAGAUUACCCACUCGGCGUCGGAUCCUUACAAGGCACCCCGACCUACGUCCCCGAUAUCUCUGUCUCUUUCUCCUGCGAAUGAUGGGGAUGUGGGCCUUGUCGGGUGUCUGAAGUAAAUCCUUCGCGUCCGACUCGUUAAAGAAAAAAUCUUUGUCCAGUACGAGGUGAGUAAUCGCUGUCCUGAUAUCCAGAAGCUCUUUUAGGUCAUAAGAGACAGUGGCAGAAACAUUAUGUACAAAAUAAGUUACAAAUAACGCGAAGAAACACACACAAUAUCACAAUUGGUUAGGAGCCCGUAAAACAGCAGCCAUCUCCUCCGGUGCCAUUAUGUCCCAAUAUCAAGUCAUUAUACAUUCUGGCAAAUAUCAAAUAUAUUAUUGGCACCCUUGCAAUCUUCACCAUUUCUUCCAAAAUAAGUUGAAUUCGAUUUUUUUUUUAUAUGGUGUUCACACGUGUAUUUGUUUGAUUUACAACUGCACAGGACCAAAACAAUAUAAAUGAAAAUUGUGAUUUUUCACUUCAAAGUCAAGAAAUGGUUGGAGGCAAGUAAUUCUAAUUUAUUGUGUAUUUAUCUCACCUGUGGUAAUUUGCAGGUGCUUACAGAGUAAAAAUAGCCAUUUAACCAGUUUUGAAAAGAGAAAACAGAACAUUCUGCUCCAUUGCACUCCAUUGUAAAGUGAAAGGGUGCCAAUAUAUUUGACCGCAACAGUACGUAUCAACUGUCUUUGUAUAACGAGGUUGGUAUGAGCCUUCAAACAAUUAUUUCUUUCCUAAAUGGAAACAAAUCUAUAUCCUUUAAGGAUGCACUAUGAAGCCUGUUACGCCAAUUAUCUCAGAGGGCUGUUUUUCUUUUGUCAGAUUGGAAUUGUUUCUCUCCACAUCUUCAAGGUAUAUUCUGAGAGGUGCUUGUUACCAUGGGGAGAACUCAAUUGAAAAUGCCUUCAGGGAAGGUUAUUGUUCUAGAAGCCACAAUAAUUAUUUGAUGCAUCAUAUUUCAAAGGAACAGCUAUAGUGGCUUGCGAAAGUAUUCACCCCCCUUGGCGUUGUUCCUAUUUUGUUGCCUUACAACCAGGAAUUAAAAUUAAUUUUUGGGGGGGGUUUGUAUCAUUUGAUUUACACAACAUGCCUACUACUUUGAAGAUGCAAAAUAUUUUUGAUUGUGCAACAAACAAGAAAUAAGACAGAAAAACAGAAAACUUGAGCGUGCAUAACUAUUCACCCCCCACAAAACCAAUACUUUGUAGAGCCACCUUUUGCAGCAAUUACUGCUGCAAGUCUCUUGGGGUAUGUCUCUACAAGUUUGGCACAUCUAGCCACUGGGAUUUUUUGCUUUUUGUCCAUUCGUCAAGGCAAAACUGCUCCAGCUCCUUCAAGUUGGAUGGGUUCCGCUGGUGUACAGCAAUCUUUAAGUCACACCACAGAUUUUCAAUUAGAUUGAGGUCUGGGCUUUGACUAGGCCAUUCCAAGACAUUUAAAUGUUUCCCCUUAAACCACUCAAGUAUUGCUUUAGCAGUAUGCUUAGGGUCAUUGUCCUGCUGGAAGAUGAACCUCUGUCCCAGUCUCAAAUCUCUGGAAGACUGAAACAGGUUUCCCUCAAGAAUUUCCCUGUAUUUAGCGCCAUCCAUCAUUCCUUCAAUUCUGACCAGUUUCACAGUCACUGUAGGGAUGGUGUUCUCGGGGUGAUGAGAGGUGUUGGGUUUGCGCCAGACAUAGCAUUUUCCUUGAUGGCCAAAAAGUCUCAUCUGACCAGAGUACCUUCUUGCAUAUGUUUGGGGAGUCUCCCACAUGCCUUUUGGUGAACACCAAACGUGUUUGCUUAUUUUGUUCUUUAAGUAAUGGCUUUUUUAUGGCAACUCUUCCGUAAAGCCCAGCUCUGUAAAGUGUACAGCUUAAAAUUGUCCUAUGGGCAGAUACUCCAAUCUCCGCUGUGGAGCUUUGCAGCUCCUUCAGGGUUAUCGUUGGUCUCUUUGUUAACUCUCUGAUUAAUGCCCUCCUUGCCUGGUCCGUGAGUUUUGUUGGGCGGCCCUCUCUAGGCAGGUUUGUUGUGGUGCCAUAUUCUUUCCAUUUUUUAAUAAUGGAUUUAAUGGUGCUCCGUGGGAUGUUUAAAGUUUCAGAUAUUUUUUUAUAACCCAACCCUGAUCUGUAUUUCUCCACAACUUUGUCCCUGACCUGUUUGGAGAGCUCCUUGGUCUUCAUGGUGCCGCUUGCUUGGUGGUGCCCCUUUCUUAGUGGUGUUGCAGACUCUGGGGCCUUUCAGAACAGGUGUAUAUAUACUGAGAUCAUGUCACAAAUCAUGUGACACUUAGAUUGCACACAGGUGGACUUUAUUUAACUAAUUAUGUGACUUCUGAAGGUAAUUGGUUGCACCAGAUCUUAUUUAGGGGCUUCAUAGCAAAGGUGGUGAAUACAUAUGCACUCACGACGUUUCCGUUUUUUAUGUUUUGGAAUGUUUUGAAACAAGUUCUUUUUUUCAUUUCACUUCACCAAUUUGGACUAUUUUGUGUAUGUCCAUUACAUGAAAUCCAAAUAAAAAUCUAUUUAAAUUACAGGUUGUAAUGCAACAAAAUAGGAAAAACACCAAGGGGGAUGAAUACUUUCGUGGUCAAACGUUUUGAGAAUGACACAAGUAUUGGUCUUCACAAAGUUUGCUGCUUCAGUGUUUUUAGAUAUUUUUGUCAGAUGUUACUAUGGUAUACUGAAGUAUAAUUACAAGCAUUCCAUAAGUGUCAAAGGCUUUUAUUGACAAUUACAUUAAGUUUAUGCAAAGAGUCAAUAUUUGCAGCGUUGACCCUUCUUUUUCAAGACCUCUGCAAUCCGCCCUGGCAUGCUGUCAAUUAACUUCUGGGCCACAUCCUGACUGAUGGCAGCCCAUUCUUGCAUAAUCAAUGCUUGGAGUUUGUCAGAAUUUGUGGGUUUUUGUUUGUCCACCUGCCUCUUGAGGAUUGACCACAAGUUCUCAAUGGUGAGUGGUGCACUGCGAUGCAGUGCUAGCUGUGCCACUAGAGAUCCUGGUUCGAAUCCAGGCUCUGUCGUAGCCGGCCGCAACCGGGAGACCCAUGGGGCGGCGCACAAUUGGCCCAGCGUCGUCCAGGGUAUGGGAGGGAAUGGCCGGCAGGGAUGUAGCUCAGUUGGUAGAGCAUGGUGUUUGCAACGCCAGGGUUGUGGGUUCGAUUCCCACGGGGGGCCAGUAUGAAAAAUAAAAAAAUAAUGUAUGCACUCAAUAAUGUAAGUCGCUCUGGAUAAGAGCGUCUGCUAAAUGACAAAACAUGUAAAAUGGAUUAAGGUCUGGGGAGUUUCCUGGCCAUGGACCCCAAAUGUUGAUGUUUUUUCCCCCGAGCCACUUAGUUAUCACUUUUGCCUUAUGGCAAGGUGCUCCAUCAUGCUGGAAAAGGCAUUGUUCGUCACCAAACUGUUCGAUGGUUGGGAGAAGUUGCUCUCAGAGGAUGUGUUGGUACCAUUCUUUAUUCAUGGCUGUGUUCUUAGGCAAAAUUGUGAGUGAGCCCACUCCCUUGGCUGAGAAGCAACCCCACACAUGAAUGGUCUCAGGAUGCUUUACUGUUGGCAUGACACAGGACUGAUGGUAGGGCUCACCUUGUCUUCUCCGGACAAGCUUUUUUCCGGAUGCCCCAAAUAAUCAGAAAGGGGAUUUAUCAGAGAAAAUGACUUUACCCCAGUCCUCAGCAGUCCAAUCCCUGUACAUUUUGCAGAAUAUCAGUCUGUCCCUGAUGUUUUUCCUGGAGAGAAGUGGCUUCCUCGCUGCCCUUCUUGACACCAGGCCAUCCUCCAAAUGUAUUCGCCUCACACCUGAGAUGCACUCACACCUGUCUGCUGCCAUUCCUGAGCAGGCUCUGCACUGGUGGUGCCCCGAUCCCGCAGCUGAAUCAACUUUAGGAGACGGUCCUGGCGCUUGCUGGACUUUCUUGGGCGCCCUGAAGCCUUCUUCACAAUAAUUGAACCUCUCUCCUUGAAGCUCUUGAUGAUCCGAUACAUGGUUGAUUUAGGUGCAAUCUUACUAGCAGCAAUAUCCUUGCCUGUGAAGCCCUUUUUGUGCAAAGCAAUGAUGACAGCAUGUGUUUCCUUGCAGGUAACCAUGGUUAACAGAGGAAGAAUAAUGAUUUCAAGCACCACCCUCCUUUUAAAGCUUCCAGUCUGUUAUUCUAUCUCAAUCAGCAUGACAGAGUGAUCUACAGUCUUGUCCUCGUCAACACUCUCACCUGUGUUAACGAGAGAAUCACUGACAUGAUGUCAGCUGGUCCUUUUGUGGCAGGGCUGAAAUGCAGUGGAAAUGUUUUUUGGGGAUUAAGUUCAUUUUCAUGGCAAAGAGGGACUGCAAUUAAUUGCAAUUCAUCUGAUCACUCUUCAUAACAUUCUGGAGUAUAUGCAAAUUGCCAUCAUAAAAACUGAGGCAGCAGACUUUGUGAAAAUUAAUAUCUGUGUCAUUCUCAAAACUUUUGACCACAACUGUACACGUUGAUGGGAAAAUUAUCCAAACAUCGGCACAGACGUCAGUUCAACGUCAAUUUUUUAUAUACAUUUGGUUGAGUUGUCAACUAAUGUGAUUUCAACGUGAAAUCAAUAUAAAAUGUCACAAUGUCAUUGGAUUUACGUUAAAAGUUGGGUGAAAAAGAGACAAUAUUUCCUUCCGUUGAUUACUUUUUGCAAAUCCAAUCAGUUUUCUAUGUUGAUUCAAUGUCAUCACAUUGAUCUUUUUGUUGUUGAAAUGACAUGGAAACAAUGUUGAUUCAACCAGUUUUUGCCCAGUGGGAAUACUCUCAUGGGCAAAAACAACAACAUAUUCCCCUGGAGGGAAUUGUUUAUGUCAACAUCCUAGCAUCUAUUGACAUAAUUGUGAAACGUGGCAAAGAAAAAUUUCUCUGAAUGUGCUGCUGUGGUAAAUCUCAUAUAGGAACAUGUUUGGGAUAAAUAACUACUCUGAUAAACAUGUUUUUUUUUACACAUUUUGUUUACUGGAUGUACCUGUAAGAUGGCUCUUGCUCUGAAGGGAGUGCCAGUUACCAUUGGCAGAGGGGGGAUGAGUUAUGGAGAAGUUUCCACCUGAGAAGCAAAAGAUAAGAGAUUAGAUGUUGGGCACUGGCAGUUGAGCAGUCAAUGCUUAUUUCUUACUGUAAAUGUUACGUAUUAGAGCACCCUCAACAGGCCAGAGAAAGAAGUACAGCCUGCCUAUACAUGGAGGUUGCCUGAAAUUGAAGGUCAAAUUGGAAUUCUAUGGACUUCAAUGUAUGGAAAUGACUCAUAGAUAAUGGUGUUUCAAAAUGCAAUUGAAGCCAUUCUGAAAUAAUGAACCAAUUAACCUCAACAGUUUCCACAUUGUGUCAAAGCAAACCAAAUAAUUGGAUGCAUGCCAGUUGAAAAUAGUUUUGAAUUGAUUCCUAUUUUGCUUGUAUGAUCUUUAUUCAUUAAUCUUCUGAUAAUGAGUUCAAUUGUCACAUGGCUUGAGUAUUUUGUUUAAUGUGUACUCUCUGUUUUUCUCUCCUGGUAUAUCAAGCCUAUUUCCUAUCUUAAUUACUUUUACCAAUACUUUGGAGGUCAUCAAUGAAAUCUAAUCCAGGGCCCAUCAAAUCAGGAAUUAAACCCAGACACAGACUAUUGAUUCAGUUAAUCCCAACAGAAUCUCCAGAGCUAAUAUUCUGGGUUUUAUUCUUAGCUGAUUGAUGUGUGUUAAUACUGCAAUCCUAUCAGCCAUGGAGAGAUAUAUUGUGUUAUCUGCUAAAUUGCCUGUGGCUUUUACAGCCCUCUAUUUUCUAAUUGCCCGGAAUAGCAAACCCAUUCCAGUGACUAUCUGGUAUAUGACUAGCUGGUAUAUAAACCAUCUUUCCAUCUGAAUAUUAUUGACUUUUGAAAAAUGACCCAUGACUGAAAGACAUAGAUCUUUAACAUCUCUCCAAAUACCUUUUGUAUUCUCAUACAUUUCAUGUCAACACAGUUUUACCCUGUGGGUGUUCUGACGAACUGGUGACAACCAUUAAUGUCACACUCCUAUCCAGUAUAAUGGAUGACACAUGUUCCUCCUUCAUGAAUACAUCCAUGUGGGGUUCUUCAUUCCCCAGCGCAAGCUAGACCAGUCAUUUCCUCGUCAUGCCUCACGGAUCCCAAAUGAGCCUAUCAAAAUAAUUACAACAGGUAUGGGCCUAAAGAGAGCUGUUGAGUGAAAGGUUAGAUAAGACAUCACUCAGUCAAAAACACAUCUGCUGCUCUGAAGGGAUUUUCUCCCACAGCAUGGAAAAACACUGAACCGAUAACUGGUUGCCUUUCAAAAGAAAUGUCCACAAGGAGAGUAUUUUCCAACUUUCUGUUAGAACUAGAUAUGUUUUUUUUCUCCAAUUUGUGUAAUCUCUCUAGAUGCAUAGAGACAGGGGCCUACAGUUCUGUUGUACAGUAUCAGACAGUCACUGAAGCAUCAGAACUUUGCACUACUGAGCUUCAAUUCAAACGUGUGCAAAUGCAGCUGUCAUUAGUAAUACGAAACCAGUACCUGGUUAUUUAGCAUAAAGAUAAAGCAUGCAUAUAGGAGCAACAGCACUUACUAUAAAAGAGCCCACCAAGUCCUCAAAGGGACAUCAGAAUGGUCACAGCGUUUUGGAAUCUCUUUACAAGCUCUUUCUUAGUUGAAUCCCUAAAAAAGAAAUCAUAGCAACAGCGACUGCUAGGCUACUCCAUCCAUCAAUGUGUAAAAUGUGCUGAGAUGUUAGUCUUGAGCUUCAACAGCCUGCUCUGACUGCCUCCCUCAUAUGUGUGUUCCAGAGUGUUAAAUGUCAGUCAGUGUGAGAUGAGAGAAAAAGUGAUCAACUGGCUAAAAAGGGAAUGUAUUGGAAUAUUUAGAAGUAUUUCAUGGCAUGCUGCUAUAGGCCCUACUACAGUAUAUAUUUACAGUGACUUGCGAAAUUAUUCACCCCCUUGGCAUUUUUCCUAUUUUGUUGCCUUACAACCUGGAAUUAAAAUUGAUUUUUUGGGGGGUUGUAUCAUUUGAUUUACACAACAUGCCUACCACUUUGAAGAUGCAAAAUAUUUUUUCUUGUGAAACAAACAAGACACAAGACAAAAAAACAGAAAACUUGAGCGUGCAUAACUAUUCAAUACUUUGUAGAGCCACCUUUUGUAGCAAUUACAGCUGCAAGUCUCUUGGGGUAUGUCUCUAUAAGCUUGGCACAUCUAGCCACUGGGAUCUUUGCCCAUUCUUCAAGGUAAAACUGCUCCAGCUCCUUCAAGUUGGAUGGGUUCCGCUGGUGUACAGCAAUCUUUAAGUCACACCACAGAUUCUCAAUUGGAUUGAGGUCUGGGCUUUGACUAGGCCAUUCCAAGACAUUUAAAUGUUUCCCCUUAAACCACUCGAGUGUUGCUUUAGCUGUAUGCUUAGGGUCAUUGUCCUGCUGGAAGGUGAACCUCCAUCCCAGUCUCAAAUCUCUGGAAGACUGAAACAGGUUUCCCUCAAGAAUUUCCCUGUAUUUAGCGCCAUCCAUCAUUCCUUCAAUUCUGACCAGUUUCCCAGUCCCUGCCGAUGAAAAACAUCCCCACAGCAUGAUGCUGCCAUCACCAUGCUUCACUGUUGGGGAUGGUGUUCUCGGGUUUGCGCCAGACAUAGCGCUUUCCUUGAUGGCCAAAAAGCUCAUCUGACCAGAGUACCUUCUUGCAUAUUGGGGAGUCUCCCACAUGCCUUUUGGCAAACACCAAACGUGUUUGCUUAUUUUUUUCUUUAAGCAAUGGCUUUUUUCUGGCCACUCUUCCGUAAAGCCCAGCUCUGUGGAGUGUACGGCUUAGAGUGGUCCUAUGGACAGAUACUCCAAUCUCCGCUGUGGAGCUUGCAGCUCCUUCAGGGUUAUCUUUGGUCUCUUUGUUAACUCUCUGAUUAAUGCCAUCCUUGCCUGGUCCGUGAGUUUUGUUGGGCGGCCCUCUCUAGGCAGGUUUGUUGUGGUGCCAUUUUCUUUUCAUUUUUUAACAAUGGAUUUAAUGGUGCUCCGUGGGAUGUUUAAAGUUUCAGAUAUUUUUUUACAACCCAACCCUGAUCUGUACUUCUCCACAACUUUGUCCCUGGCCUGUUUGGAGAGCUCCUUGGUCUUCAUGGUGCCGCUUGCUUGGUGGUGCCCCUUGCUUAGUUGUGUUGCAGACUCUGGGGCCUUUCAGAACAGGUGUAUAUCCACACAGGUGGACUUUAUUUAACUCAUUAUGUGACUUCUGAAGGUACUUGGUUGCACCAGAUCUUAUUUAGGAGCUUCAUAGCAAAGGGGGUGAAUACAUAUGCACGCACCACUUUUCCGUGAUUAAUUUUUUGGAAUUCUUUGAAACAAGUUAUUUUUUUCAUUUCACUUCACCAAUUUGGACUAUUUUGUGUAUGUUCAUUACAUGAAAUCCAAAUCGAAAUCCAUUUAAAUUACAGGUUGUAAUGCAACAAAAUAGGAAAAACGCCAAGGGGGAUGAAUACUUUUGCAAGGCACUGUAUAUAUCAUAUAUGAGCAGUCAGGAAUAUGUUUAAUAUCAAGCAAUUAUUCCUUUAUUUUUUGGGAAGAUUCUUUAACAGUAACAGAUUGUAAAGCAUCUGUCGGGAUGCACCUAGUUUAAUGACAGCCAAUUUACAAACACAAUAUUUGUAUCACUCCACUGAGCUGCAUAAAGGUAAAAAAGCAUCUUGCUGCUGCGAUUCACGCUUUAACGGGGACAUUCAGCAAAGGCCAAUAAAGUGUAAUUGUGUGAACAGAGAGACGUAAUAAGCGGAGCAUUUUCACCACCCACUCUCUUUGCAAGCAGGUUGCCUGGUGUUCAGCUGAGAAGUCUCAAAUGGAAAUUAUACUGAGCUACAACAACAAUGUAGCCUACUGUUCAUAUGUAUUCACAGCAUAUAUUUAAACAGUAAAUAUAACAACAGCAUGAGUUGUUUUAAACUAUAUCUGUUUAAUUAAUUAAUGUGACCAAAAUAGCACAGUACAUCCACGUCACUUUGUCUCUGCUCAGUCCGAGGGAGAACAUGGUGAGUGAAUGCAGGUGAAUGGAUGUAAUCUCCUAUCAGGUUUAGAUCCUCAGUGAGUUGUCAACAGGUGGAGCAGAACCAGAGACCAGUAGAUUGAAUGAGUCAAAACUAAAUAUAACUCAAACCCAUACAAACUGCACAAAACAGGCUACAUUACAUUAUACUCACACUGCCAGUUUCCUGUGUUGGGAGGGCUCCUCAUAUCCACACCUAGUCUUUACCAAGACAUUUGAGAACACUAAAGCCCUCAUUUGUGUAUUUCAAUUGUAUGCUGCAUAUUUUCAGGGCAGAGUAUUCAAUUAUAUAGUGAGGAAAGGUUGAUUUUAUGAUCAGGGGUCUUGGGCUGUUAUAAGGCACAAUCAAUAAAACAAAAUGAUCACAUAACUGGAACAGAAUUAUGAAUAAUAAAACACAAGGUUAAUAAUGUCAGUACUUAUUAUUUCUUAGCUUGUCUCAGUAUACAGCUAGUAAAAUGUGCAUCUGGUUGGUUGGCUCUUUGGUCUGGAAGCUAGCAAGAUUGAAAAUGACACUAUGGUUCUGCCAAAUAUUAGGUUUACAAAGGCUAACAGAUGACAGUCAAUUCCCAGCUAUCACAUAACGUUCUGAGAACCAUAUGUUUCUUAGAUCUUGGUGAGAGUGUGGUUGCCCUAUGGUUAUUUUGCAUACAACCUUCCCACAACAUUCUGGGAAUGGUGCAGGAUACCCAGCUAGCACAUAACAUUCUGAAAACCAUAUCGUUUCGUAGGUGGGAAUUACAGUACAUCAGCAUAAUGUUUUCUGCAGGUUUCCUCAUGGUUCUAUUUAAAGUCAUGUUCUCAGAACAUUAAAUAAUAAUAUAAUAUGCCAUUUAGCAGACGCUUUUAUCCAAAGCGACUUACAGUCAUGCGUGCAUACAUUUUUGUGUAUGGGUGGUCCCGGGGAUCGAACCCACUACCUUGGCGUUACAAGCGCUGUGCUCUACCAGCUGAGCUACAGAGGACCCAUUAAGAAAACUUUCCAUAAAAAACACAAGAAAACAUUAGUAAGGUUCAAAGAAAGUUCUAAGAAUGCUAUUUAAAAACAUAUACAUUUUGUUCUCAGUGUCAACAACUCUCUCUAUCCUCUAUCUUGUUAAGUGUGUUCAGGAGUGUGGGUCGCGCCCACUAAUUGGCCACAUCUGCACUUAAUGAGUGCUUGUUUCCUUUGAAAUGAGGUCUGUUUGAAUAGACUAAAAUGAACAGCUUCGUAUGAGUUUUUGAAAAAACAUGGCACACUAGCUGCAUCCUGGUAGUGCAGUGGACUAAUUCAAUGGAUAGACAACAGAAGAUCAUAGGUUUGAAUCGCACUGACACAAAAUACAUGUGUUUCCAUGAUUAAAACCUAAGAAAAUGAAUUUCCAUCAGUGGAGGCUCCUCAGAGGAGGAAGGGGAGGACCAUCCUCCUCAGUGAAUUUCAUAAAAAUAGUGGAACAUUAAAAAACGUAUCCUUUUUAGAUAAAACUAUACUAAAUAUAUUCACCAAAUAAUUGAAAUAAAACACACUGCUUUGCAAUGAAGGUCUACAGUAGCCUCAACAGCACUCUGUAGGGUAGCACCAUGGUGUAGCCGGAAGACAGCUAGUUUCUGUCUUCCAUUGACUUCAAUAUAAAACCUAGGAGGCUCAUGAAUCUAGUACUGAAAGCAUAAGCUACAGCUAGCUAGCACUGCAGUGCAUAGAAUGUGGUGAGUAGUUGACUCAAAUUAAUUUCUUUAAAAUGAAGGAGAAGCAAGAGAGAGCGAGCUAGCUAGCUAUAUUUCAUAGUAUUUUUUUUUCACUUUCACUUAGCUAGCUACUUAGCUAGCGAAUGCAGCUAGCUAGUUUAGCCUACUCAGAAACCCGGCUCAAACAGAGAAGGAUGCCAUGUUAGCUAGCUGGCUAUGGUUAUCCAACACUGGAACUUUUCCAAGUCAAGGUAAGCUUUUGGUUUUAUUCAAUUAUUGCCACCGGGGCCCGCCAGUGUAACUGCUAAACUGUUUGCUGACUGUACACUGUACUAAAUGAAUGUAGUGGAUUUACUAACGAUUUAGUUCUUGUAGCUAUGUUGACUAUAACGUUAGCUAAUAUGGUGACAACGAUGUAGACUGUGUGUAGCGGUUAGCGGUUAUGAUAUGAAGGUUUGGCUUUGAAAGGUUUUUUAGCCUGGUCACAGACAGCUGAUGUGUUGUGUACUGAAGUACACAAGCGAAGGGAAAAAGUGAGAGGAGGAGAGCACAUCUACCCAGAUGUAAGAAAGAAUUAACGAGCAAAGUGAUCAUGCUGUUUGUAUGUGGCUGCUAUGAAAGUGAACUGUGUUUGCAUGUGAUCGGGGGUGUAGUCAUUCCACCUAAUCUGUUGAAAAACGUUUCUUAAACAGAAGCAAACAGAACGAAACUGGGAUAAACAUAUUUGUAUUUGUUUGCAACUGUUGGACUAAUGAUUACACCCUGGAUCAGCUAAAUGCAGGCAAGAGCGUGCAAGGCGUUAUUGAAUGUAUCACUGUCUGUCACCUUGAUUAUUCAAAUGUUUCUCUUGACCUGUGCAUUUAUGUUGUAAACUUAAAUUCAUAGGCUAGGUUGUAGCAACCUCAUGAUGGGUUUAGGGGAAUAUUUAGUAUCAUGUAACCUAAACCUAUCGAUGUUACAUUUAGCUGGGUGAAUGGAAUAUGAAUGAAAGUCAUCCAAUAUGCUGUAAUAGAAAUAAGGCCAUGCUCAUAAAAAAAAGUAUUGUCCUCCCUCAUCUUAAACGGCAUCGACCUUCACUGAUUUCCAUGUGUCCUAUCUGUGCUUGGAGUUCAAAACAGUUAACCUAAGCUAGCUGUGUUAUUAAAAGUCUUAUUGAAACAUGUUCUCAGAACAUUAUUUAAUUACCUUCAAAUAACCUAUAAUUUCCAUUGUCAGAACGUUAAUAAAAACCUCCCAGGCUACAUUUUCACUUCCAUUCUCAGAACGUGUUAAAAAACAUUCUGUUUUACCAGUCAGGGAACUUAUAGGGAAAUCUUAAAAUGUUCCUACAUAAUAUUCAUCAUCCCCAGAACCACCCCAACUCAACAUAUUGCACAAAUUGUCAUCAUUAACCAAUUAGUAGACAUUGCCUACUCAUAAUUAGUAAGAAAUCACACAAUGAUGUCAUUGGAAACACUUAUCUUCCUCUAUCUUUUUUUACUACAAAACAUAGAAAACACACAAUUUUCACAUAUGUUGAUGUUGGGGUGGUGCUGGAGAUGAUAAAUAUGAAGUUGACAUUUUUUUAAAUUUCCCUUUAAGCCUUUUUUUCUAGAUCCAAUGGGAAGCCAAAAACGUACAUUUCCACAUUUUUUUCUCUAAGGAACCAAAUGUGCUAGCUGGGUUUCCUCUCACAGAAAGCUGCUGCAGACUGAAUGUUAAAGUUGGAUGAGCUCCUAUAGGGACCUAUGGACCGCUGGUCAGGAGUGGACAUGACAUCUCUCACAAAGAGGCUUAUAGGUCCACAGUGAAGACUUAUGCUCCUUAGAGUGACACCCUGUCAGGUUAAUUGUCCAUGAGGUUGCUCUGAGAUGAGAGAGCACUGACCCCCAGCGUGACUCCUGGCUUUAAUGGCAACAUCUUCUGCUGUGGAGGAGGGCCAGUGUCAAGGUUAUGGGCUUAAUCUGGACAGGCCAGUCACAGGUUGAUUAUUCUCUCUCUCUCUCUCUCUCUCUCUCUCUCUCUCUCUCUCUCUCUCUCUCUCUCUUCUCUCUCUCUUCUCUCUCCUCUCUCUCUCUCUCUCUCUCUCUCUCUCUCUCUGUGUCAAAGGCUUUUAUUGACAAUUACAUUAAGUUUAUGCAAAGAGUCAAUAUUUGCAGUGUUGACCCUUCUUUUUCAAGACCUCUGCAAUCCACCCUGGCAUGCUGUCAAUUAACUUCUGGGCCACAUCCUGACUGAUGGCAGCCCAUUCUUGCAUAAUCAAUGCUUUAUGGGUUUUUGUUUGUCCACCCGCCUCUUGAGGAUCGACCACAAGUUCUCAAUGGAAUUAAGGUCUGGGGAGUUUCCUGGCCAUGGACCCCAAAUUUUGAUGUUUUGUUCCCUGAGCCACUUAGUUAUCACUUUUGCCUUAUGGCAAGGUGCUCCAUCAUGCUGGAAAACGCUUUGGGAGACGGUCCUGGCGCUUACUGGACUUUCUUGGGCGCCCUGACGCCUUCUUCACAACAAUUGAACCUCUCUCCUUGAAGUUCUUGAUGAUCCGAUAAAUGGUUGAUUUAGGUACAAUCUUACUAGCAGCAAUAUCCUUGCCUGUGAAGCCCUUUUUGUGCAAAGCAAUGGUGACAGCACGUGUUUCCUUGCAGGUAACCAUGGUUAACAGAGGAAGAACAAUGAUUUCAAGCACCACCCUCCUUUUAAAGCUUCCAGUCUGUUAUUCUAACUCAAUCAGCAUGACAGAAUGAUCUCCAGCCUUGUCCUCGUCAACACUCUCACCUGUGUUUAAGAGAGAAUCACUGACAUGAUGGCAGCUUUUCCUUUUGUGGCAGGGCUGAAAUGUAGUGGAAAUGUUUUUUGGGUAUUAAGUUCAUUUUCAUGGCAAAGAGGGACUUUGCAAUUAAUUGCAAUUCAUCUGAUCACUCUUCAUGACAUUCUGGAGUAUAUGCAAAUUGCCAUCAUCAAAACUGAGGCAGCAGACUUUGUGAAAAUUAGUAUUUGUGUCAUUCUCAAAACGUUUGACCAGGACUGUAUAUGCACAUAUGACCUUCAGGAACAAAGCUCUCAUCUGAACGGGAGUUUGAGGGAUGCUUUUAUGCAUUCUACAGGUUAGCCACUAAUAGGCGAUAUGCACAGGCGAGCAUGACGUAUUUCCGGUUAAAUCUCAGGAUGGAUGUAAACUUCCGGUUAUCGUAGAAUGCUGUGCUACCGUAUGCUAGCGUUGAAUGCUUGUCGUCAAAAACAUCCGAAACUGUUAAUUUUUGUUGUUGUUGUUGUUUAUCUUAAUGUUUAUGUUAAUGUUUUUACUUGUAAUACUUCGUCUUGACUUAUAACACGAUGACAGCUCUUCCAGCUCACCACUGUAGCCCUUGUAAAGUGUAGAUCUGGAAUAACAAUAUCAGGAAAAGUAAAGGGUUCACUAGGAAAUACACCAGAAUCUAACAGCGAUUAAUAACAUUUAUUUCGCAACACAUUGUAGUCUGCCUAUUUAAUUGGACUCUGCAUACCUAAUUCCUCUUGCUGGAGUAGCAUCUGGUUUGGGCUUCACUACAACCAUGACAUCCACAGGUCCUGGCUUCACUCCCUAUUUAUUUAUGAGAUGGUAUUAGGAGAGAUGCUAGUAUGCAUGUGACACAACUGUCUGGUAUUGAAAUGAUACAAACCAUUGUUCGUGGUUUAUGCCACUUCUGCUAUGUUUCACUGCACGAAAGUACAGGACAGACGACAGACAUGCCACAUUCAGAGUAAUGGGCAGUCUGAUAUAGUAAUGCAACCAAAUGAUUACAUAUCCCACACCCAGCCACACAGGAACAGUAGCUUUUAACAAGCACAACUGGCUGUGAAUCACGCAAUGUUAUCUGAAAUACACAGAAGCAUAAUUUGGGUUUUGAAAGGGGUUUUGAAAGACGAGGGUCUACAGCAGCAGGAGCAAAACUUGUUCUUUCUACUUUUUACUGGUGUAAGCAACUUAUCUACUGUCUCCUGUCACUUUUGUGCUUUCUGCAUCACUUUCCUACUGUCUUGCACCACUUGGCUAUACUGUCUCCCACCACUUACCUAUUGUCUUGUGCCAUUUACCUAACCUCAAACAGUAUUGGCAGAGCAGUAGGUGAGUGGUGCAACAUUGUAGCCUAGUACCAAUAACAACAGUAGAGUGAAGGUUUUGCUCCUAAUUCCUCUUGAAAAGUAGAAACAUCAAGUACAAAAGCAAGGAAGUUGGGCCAUAUGUUUAUAAAGAACUGAGUAAAGAUGACAGGACAGUUUUGAGUAGAACAUCAGCAGUUUGAAGAAUAGCUGAGUGGAAUAUGUUACUGUCAUUGCAGUCAUCAAGUCAAAUUUGGUUACAACAGACCCAACAACAAAGCAUGGCAAUUCCCACUCAGCUACCAUGGUCUGUAUUAGGCUACCACUGUUCAGCUAUCAUGAAAACCCCUAAAGUUCUAAAGUGUUCUCUUAGCAAUGGCAAUCAAAGCUGUGGUAACAUGAAACGAGUAAAACAUGUGUUGAACGGAACCUUGAACAAGUUCAACAGAACUUUGAACGUGUCACUUAAUCUAGUCCUACUCUCAGCUGGUGUGGUGGCUUUAGUUUCUUCAUUGAGCGGGAGCAGUGGGCUCUCACAGAGAUCUCAUUUGUAGCCCUGUUUUUACCUGAUACUUUCAUAAAAGUACAAACACAUGAAGUGAGAGGUAUAUACACAUGAUUCAACUUUAUUUAAAGCAUGAUUAACCUGAAGCAGGAUGGAGUCAUGACUUAAAAUGAGAUGGUAUUAGGAGGCAGGUAGCUUAGUGGGUAAGAGCGUUGUGCCAGUAUCCGAAAGGUCGCUGGUUCUAAUCCCCGUGCUGACUAGGUGAAAAAUCUGUCAAUGUGCCCUUAAGCAAGGCACUUAACCCUAAUUGCUCCUGUAAGUCGCUCUGGAUAAGAGCGUCUGCUAAAUGACUAAAAUGUUAAAACACCAAAGCAAGGCUUCUAGCUCAGGCUAGCUAGCGUUAGCAUAUUACCUUCAAAGUUGCAAAGAAAAUAAGAAAUGUGAAGCCUUUAUCCAGUUUGCUACGUGGUGUCGUACUGGAUGUCUGGACGACCCUCCAUAUAUCAUUAACAUAUACUUUAGGCAACUCCAGCAAACACCUUGUAAACUUCAUCUCUGACAUCAUAACGGUCUACUGUCACUGUCUAAUGUUUUUUUCCGGUAACCGGAAAUGCCCAAGCAUCCUUACGCCAAUGCGGAAGUGAUGCAUGCAUAGAGCCUAUUACAGUGCCACAGGAAACACUGACGAAAACCUUGGUCCUCCCCAUGCACAUGUAUUUUUGUCUGAACUAUCCUUAGAAUUGCCAUUGCUGGCGUCAAUCUGUAGAUACAUGCUGCCACUCAUGGAUAGGGCUAUAACGUCAUCUAGUGUGCAGAAAUGAUUCUGCAUUUUGCUGUUAUUCCUUUUUUUGCAACCGUGUUACAUCAGGCCAUUUUUGUCCUUCGUAGGUUCCCGUCAUUAACCCCACGUAAGAGCGCAUGUGCACAUUGAAAGGUGAAGCGGAUAGAUAGCAAGCGAGCUAACGUUAGGUCAAGGAUAAACACAGAUAAUAACUAUUGAUAUUUUCAACGUAUUUGAUUGAUUUAUGCUUGCAAGAAGGGGAUAUUCUUCAACGUAUUCAUUUAAGGUAAUAUCUUACAUUUAUGUUGUCAGAACCUAACAACUAAUAUAAAUCGGCUAGCUGUGUGGUCUUGCACCGCAGUAAAUUUGUUUUUACUUUCGAUAUUCGGAGUUCGCUCGUCAAUAGCUCUCCGACGGAAGGUCCUAGGAUGAUGAUAGGGAUAUAUCGAGAAUCAGAUGAUGGUAGGGGGCAAGGUACACCCGUUGUUGUUGUUGUUUUUAUAAUCGAUGGUUGAACACCUUCCUUAACAGAGCAGAAAAGGAGGCAUUAUGCUGAUUUCUGGUGUUCAUGUGGUUUAGGGACCGUGGUGAUAUUGGUGAUUGAAGUGUAAUAUUGGUGAUUGAAUGUAAACAAAGUAGACAUUUUUGCAUUCCCAUUCAGGAGGGUUAGCCCUAUAUGAAAAUUACACACUGCAUAGGGCCUCCAGUCACUAACGGGCCCAAUAUUUUUAUUAGUUACCUCUAACUACUAAGGGUCCUAUAUUUGACCCAUUUACAAGGAUACUUUUCCAAAUCUUCCUCUCCAGGUGAAAUUGAGAUUUAAAACCACAAUGUGAAGUCACUGACCCCCCCAUUCAUUAGAAUUCCAGUUCACCACAAUAUUUCCUGAUAUUUUCAAUAGCUCCCUGUCCCUAUGAGUUACAGAUGUACAGACAAGUGUGUUGGGUUCCUUGACCACUCUUAUCAAAAUAUUCAUUUAUAAUCAGGGAACUUUAAAAUGGGAAUUCUUAUUGGUGCAUCAUAGAUUUUCGCUCUCUAGGUCAUGCAAGUAGGUUAUUUAUUUGAGCUCGUAUUUUGACAUAAAAUCCAUUAAAAAUAAAUAAGUUAACAUUUUAAAAUGUAAUUGUUGUGGGGGGAAAACUAAAAGAACGUUUUUCUGUGAACACCAGGUUUGGCUGAUUGCACUUUUAAGACUGUCCCUUAGCAGCCAGCACAUAAUACUGUUAGCAGUUGAUGUUAUUCUUCAAUAACACAGACCCCAAAGCAAAUCAGGGGGAGAAAAUAUAUUCAUUCAAAGCGAAUACAUUAUAGUUCUUAUGCUUGAAAGUAGAUGGUAGAUGUUCAUUCUUCCCUGUUCUCAAUGUUUCUCAACAGAACAAAGAGAGGAUGUAGUUUAUAGCCUCAAGCCUAGCAUGUGGCUGAACAAUUAGAAUUCCUUGCAAUACAAUUGGGCUACCAAACCCCCAAGUAUCCUGUUUCAGGAUCAAUGUAUAGACCAUUUGGACCAAUGAAAACUUGCCACAUGUAGCUAUGAAUCAAAACAACUAUUUCCAUUAAUUGUUAAUUCCCUCUUGACCGCCAGUCCUCUUGACCACUAGUCGUCUGCGUUGUGUAUAUUUAUCUUCGAAUAUUCUUACAAUACCAAUGUAAAGUCACUUUUUGUAAACAAAACGGAGGGGGGAAAAGGCUGUACCUUGCGCUCUAUUGUCAUCUGAUUCUAGAUAUAUCACCUUAAUCAUCCUAGAGCGCUCUGUCAGAGGUAUUGACGAGCUAACUCCAAAUAUCAAACCAAUAUCGAAACUGAAAACAAAUUUGCUGCAGUUUUGCGAGCAGGGGUGUAUUCAUUAGUCAAAUUCUGUUACAAAACGUUUGGGCUGUUGGGAAAUGUGACUGGAAGAAGUUGGAAGGAACCCCGUGGACUUCACUCCACUUUAGAGCAUGGAAGAAUUGAUCAUUUAUAGAUGUGCAGCUUGUGCCAAACACUUCAGACUAUUCUGAUUGGAAUGGUAAGGAAAUCAUACUGUACUUACUGUCUUUGCCAGUAAAAUGAACUACAAUUUCCAUUUAAGAACCCAACAGCUUUUACGUCAUGUUGAAGAGCGUUUGGAGUAAACGGAAAGUGGAGUAAAAAGUGAGAGCUGUGGUGUAUUCAUUGGUCAGAAUUCGACCAAUGAAUACACCACAGCUCUCACUUUUUGGUUAGCUAACAUUAGCUGGCUAGCUAGCUAACAUUCCCUACAGUCCUGCUGUACCCUGUUAUGUAGUGUUGUGGCAGCUAUCUCGUCUGAAAUAGUUGUCGUCAAUGAGCACAAUAAGUGACAGUACUACGGGGUAAGGUAGCUACAGGAUAUUCUGAAUUGUGUGAUUCCAAUUAUUUGUAGCAAGCUAGUUAGCCUGUUGACAGUCAACUGCUGUUUGUUUUUAGCUAUUUAGCUUGAUGAUAAUCAGUUUAUGCACCUACUUUCAGUGUUGUGUGUCUAGUUUAUGCAGUUGGUUAAUUUAUUACUUUGUCUUUUGCAGUUUUGCAAGUGGAUAACAGAAGAGAGGGAGAGGCCCAACAGGAUGGCCAGUGUAAGUCCAUUUGACAUAGACUUCCAGAUUUGAUCAGAAUCCAAUCUCACACACACACUUAAUGCUUGUGUGUGUCCAGGUGGUGAUGUUCUUUCUCUGUUCCUCAGGUGCUCUGUAGCAGAGCCAGGCUGGUGACUUACCUGCCAGGGCUUCAUGUACUGGUCCGGCGGAUUGCUGGAACCAACCAGAGAACAUUCUCUGGUGCUGGAUCAUCUGGCUCUGAUGAGCCUCGUGUAGCCAUCACACCCCCUGACCUUGGUAAGUGCAGACCUCUAAUCACAAUGAUGAUACUGUACUUGCCUGAAUGUGAACGUCAUAUACCAACUGUCUGUUAUUCAGAAGGUAAGUGAAUCAAUCGGCUCAAUAAUUGGAUCAACUUGUUAAAUUAUGUCUCAUUGUCAGGACCCAGGACAGUUUGGCCAGAUGAUACUAUGGGUCCGUUCGGGCCUCAGGACCAACGCUUCCAGCUGCCAGGUAACUCAGGCUUCGACUGCCACCUGGAAGGAACAGCAGAACAGAAAAUUAAAGGCCCAGUCCACCGGACAGUCCCCGACGUGCUCUCUGCUCCCUCCAGCAGCGAGAGGCAUGAGUUCAUCCUUGCCCAAUUUGUCGGCGAGUUCCAAGUAAGUGUGGUUUGGUUUCACAUUUGACAUACGUUUAUUCUGGUGAUAAUGAAGCAUAUGCAUAUUAUGCAGCAUAAUAUUUGGGGAUGUUUUUGGUUUUUCUGAGCAACGUUCCAUGAUUGUUUGUCUUAGGGGAACGAGGCCGAUCCCCCGGAACAAAGAGUCAACAGAGCAGAACAGUACUUUGAUAACUCCAAUGUAGAGUGUGCAAUACAGUCUUGCCCUGAGCUGCUGAAGAAAGGUACAUUUAUGAUUGUUUUCCUUUCACCAGCAGAUAUAGCCCUAUGUGAGCAGUCUUACUUUCUGUAAAAAUGCACAACAAACAGUGCAUUCGGAAAGUAUUCAGACCCCUUCCCCUUUUCCAAAUUUUGUUAAGUUACAGCCUUCUUCUAAAAUGGAUUAAAUACAUGUUUUUCCUCAUCAAUCUACACAUGUAUUACAAAUAAAAAACAGAUACCUUAUUUAUAUAAGUAUUCAGACCCUUUGCUAUGAGACUUGAAAUUGAGCUCAGGUGCGUCCUGUUUCCAUUGAUCAUCCUUGAUGUUUCUACAACUUGAUUGGAGUCCACCUGUGGUAAAUUCAAUUGAUUUGACAUGAUAUGGAAAGGCACACUCCUGUCUAUAUAAGGUCCCACAGUUGACAGUGCAUGUCAGAGCAAAAACCUAGCCAUGAGGUCCAAGGAAUUGUCCGUAGAGCUCCGAGACAGGAUUGUAUUGAGGCACAGAUCUGGGGAAGUGUACCAAAAAAUAUCUGUAGCAUUGAAGGUCCCCAUGAACACAGUGGCCUCCAUAAUUCUUAAAUGGAAGCAGUUUGGACCCACCAAGAAUCUUCCUAGAGCUGGCCGCCCGGCCAAACUGAGCAAUCGGGGGAGAAGGGCCUUAGUCAGGGAGGUGACCAAGAACCCGAUGGUCACUCUGACAGAGCUCCAGAGUUUAUUUGUGGAGAUGGGAGAACCUUCCAAAAGUACAGCCAUCUUUGCAGCACUCCACCAAUCAGGCCUUUACGGUAGAGUGGCCAAACGGAAGCCACUCCUCAGUAAAAGGCACAUGACAGCCCGCUAGGAGUUUGCCAAAAGGCACCUAAAUGACUCUCAGACCAUGAGAAACAUGGUCUGAUGAAACCAAGAUUGAACUCUUUGGCCUAAAUGCCAAGCAUCACGUCUGGAGGAAACCUGGCACCAUCCCUACGGUGAAGCAUGGUGGUGGCAGCAUCAUGCUGUGGGGAUGUUUUUCAGCGGCAGGGACUGGGAGACUAGUCAGGAUAAAGGGAAAGAUGAACGGCGAGAUCCUUGAUGAAAACCUGCUCAGGACUUCAGACUGAGCCGAAGGUUCACCUUCCAACAGGACAACGACCCUAAGCACACAGCCAAGACAACGCAGGAGUGGCUUUGGGACAAGUCUCUGAAUGUCCUAGAGUGGCCCAGCCAGAGCCUGGACUUGAACCCGAUCGAACAUCUCUGGAGAGAAGAAAAUAGCUGUGUAGUGACGCUCCCCAUCCAACCUGACAGAGCUUGAGAGGAUCUGAAGAGAAGAAUGGGAGAAACUCCCCAAAUACAGGUGUGCCAAGCUUGUAGCGUCAUACUCAAGAAGCCGCGAGGCUGUAAUCGCUGCCAAAGGUGCUUCAACAAAGUACUGAGUAAAGGAUCUGACUACUUUUUUAGCAAAAUUUCUAAAACCCAGUUUUUGCUUUGUCAUUAUGGGGUAUUGUGUGUAGAUUGAUGAGGGGAAAAUACUAUUUAAUCCAUUUUAGAAUAAGGCUGUAACGUAACAAAAUGUCGAAAAAGUCAAGGGGUCUGAAUACUUUCCGAAGACACUGUUUGUAAAAUAAGACACUGAUCAUGCUACACACAUUUUCUGUUAUACUUUCAAACUUGUUGAUAUACUGUGUCUGUGUAUAUUAUGUCCACAUCUUAAAUGGGGAAUGGAUAAGGAAAAAGAGGACAAAGCACUAACCUAUUCACGUGUUUGUGAGAUUUAUAUUGAGAUUUUACAUGCAUCCAGUAGAGGGGGCUCAAACACUAAAGGAACGUACAUACUGUAUGAGCAUAAUAACUCUAUUGGUGUGAUGGUCAUGUUCGUUUUUGACCAUGCAUGUUCUCCCCAUGUGUUUGCAGAUUUUGAGUCAAUGUUCCCUGAGGCCCCUAACAAUGGCAUGACUGUUGUCACGGUGACCCAGAAGACGCAGAAUGACAUGACAGCGUGGUGUGAGGAGGUGGACAAAGAGAGGGAGUUGAUGCUAGACAAAGUGAGUUGGUGUCACAACACAGUGGGUAGUUUUACACAUAACAUAUGAACAACAGUAACCGUCUAUCAGAACUACUGAAGAUAAUACUGACACUUUUACUGUCUGAAAUAGUAGGGAGUUAUCAGUUGCUAGUAUAUGGCAAACACAUGUAUAUGCUAACCCAAUCUGUGUUUUCCUCUGAGAACUACAUUUUAAGGAAUUUAAAGGAUUAAACUGUACAUAGUCUUUCAGACUCAAUGCCUCUAAGUAUUAGCAAGUACCUAUUUGUAGCAAGUACUCUUUUGUUUAUGAUAAUGGGAUUGUGCAUUACAUAUUCCCAAUCUCAGCAUUACAAUAGAAGACUUCUGUUAGUAGUCUGAGUGUGUGAGACGGCAGUGCGUGUUAGAGCAGGGCUUGCUUGUGACAGUGUGUGUUAUUCACCGUCUGAUUAACAUGCCCUUGGUUGAGAAUCGGUCUAAUUGUGCUGCUGACCCCCUUGACUGCACUCAUUUACUAGACACUGACACACACCCUCAUCUCCUCUCCCGUCCCAGCAAUAGGCUAGAUCUCUACAACAGCACUUGUUGCCAUCUUACAUGGUGAUAUGAUUACCAAUAACAAUCUGUUUGAACAGAUGGUCUCUUGUAUCUGUAAAAAAUAUAUAUAUACAUAUAGCAAGCAGGUCAUGCAUGUACCGCACAUGUUUGUAGUUCACAACAUACAAUCAGAAUGUUGGGCACUAUCUCGCAUGUUUGUAACAGUACAAAAUCGGAAUGCUUGAAACUAACAUAGAAAUCGAAUCGAUUGUCGAAGGUAAAUUUGUUGUUGCAUUGUUCUCUUGUUGCAGUUUGUUGCCGGUGCCAAGGAAAUCUGUUAUGCCCUGAGGACAGAAGGCUUCUGGGCUGACUUCAUAGACCCAUCCUCAGGCCUGGCAGUAAGAAGUGACUAAAAUGGCUGCUUAAGGAUUAGCACUAUGCUACAUAAAUAGUUGUCACAUAUAAUAUUUUAUGAACAAUACAUACAGUUGUAAGACAGGGGUGGCAGUUGUGUGGUCUUCUUGACGAUUGAAAUUGAUUAUAUUUGUUCAACUUAAAUCUUUCAAACAAAAACAAGCAGUAUUCAGAUCUUUUCCCAUGUGUUUGUUUCUUCCAGUUCUUUGGGUCGUACACCAACAACACACUGUUUGAGACAGACGAGAGGUACCGUAACCUGGGCUUCAGCAUCGAGGACCUGGGCUGCUGCAAAGUCAUCCGCCACACAUUGUGGGGAACACAUGUUUUCGUGGGGACAGUUUUCACUAACGCACCUCCCCAAAGCCUUAUCAUGAAGAAGCUGCAAGGGAACUAAACCUGAAUGAUGGGAGAGUGUCUGGAAUGUGGUUGCUAUUAAACCUUGACGUGUCAAGGCUCUUUACACAGGCCUCAACUACUAUUCGCUGUUUCUUUGUCGUUCACAUUUGUAUAGAAACCCUCAAUAGUAGUAUGGUGCACCGAUAUUGUGAAUACCAACCACCAUGGUCCCUGACAGUUUUACCAUUAGAGUAUAUUUAUUUUCACCUCUGUCUGUACCCAGACAGUGUUUUUUCCAUUAGUGUAUUGUGGUUGAAGGCCUGAUUGAAAAGGGUCUCUCUUGCAAAAUAGAUUUUAUCUCAAUGAGAUUUAUCUGUAAAAAAUAAAGGUUAAAUUGAAUGGGAAAUAGAAGGUGGAGGAAAAAUCCACUCAACUUAUCUUUGGGUAUUAUUUUCAUGAUACUGUGGAAAGUUUGCUUCUUCAAAGUCCAAUGUCUUGAGAACUUUACUGCUGAUUUACAAAACUUUUUGGGACCGUAUUAACAGUGGACUAAUAAGUAAAUGUGUAUAGUUUGAGUGGAUUUCCCCGUUAAGGGUGGAUUGACUCUGCCCAGGUGAGAUUUUCAUUGAUAAACCCCAAUUUUUAUCAAAAGGUAAGAAUGAGCUUUUCUGAUGUCAUGCGGUUAUUCUCAAGAGCUCUUAUUUGAUCCGUGUUGCCUUCAGAAUAGAGACCUCAUGUCUUGUUCACACGUCCUGAGAUCCAGUUAACCAUUGAAUCCUUGAAUAUUGUACUUGUGACAGUAAUCAAUGCACUUGUCUAGAAGAAAGAGGGGCAGCACUUGUCUCUCUCCUUCACUUUAGAAGAUGAACUGUUUUUAAAAGGGUCUGUGAUUCUUGUGGCAGCUUUUGUCCUGAGGUCCACACAUUAAAUGCAAUAAAACACAUCACCUUGUCAGUGGUCAGUUCAUUCUGGGUGAAGGGAAGCAGGCAUUGUUGAAGUGACCUUCAUAUAAAUUGGUGUUGUGAGGGGAGAUAUGAAAUAAACAUUAAAAGAAAAGAA